CCCCCCCGCCUCCCUCCGGGCUGCUGCCGGCUCCCCGGGCGGCGGGGCGGAGCGCGGCGGGGCCGGGCGGCGGGGCAGCCUGUCCCGGGCGGAGCACGCCGCUCCUCCGCCCCCCGCCGCCAUGGCCGCGCCGCCGCUGCCGCCGCCGCAGCCCCCCGCCGCCCCGUCGCCGCCCGCCCGCCGCUGGUUGCCGCUGCCCGCCGCCGAACCGCUCCUCUUCUUGGCCACCCUGUCCCUCGGGCUGCAGGGCCCGCUCGCCACCCAGUACCUCUGGGACCGGCUGGGGGCCGAACGCGGCUACAGCGGCCCCAACGCCAGCAGCCCCGCCGGCUGCGGGAACGGCAGCGCCGACGAUGACCCUUUGCGGCAGGAGGUAGAAGCGCUGGUCUCCCACUGGAACCUCUGCAUCAACCUGGGAGGCUUCUUUGUUGGUCUCUUCUCCGUGACUCUCUUUGGACCAUGGAGCGACAGCGUAGGCCGCCGUCCAGCGCUCAUCCUGCCGGCAGUGGGUAUGGCCGUGCAAGCAGCCAUCUAUCUUCUCGUCAUGUACCUGCAGCUGCACGUUGCCUACUUUCUCCUCGGACGUGUUUUGAGUGGCCUCAUGGGAGACUACAACCUGAUCCUGGCCAGCUGCUUCGCCUACGUGGCUGAUACCAGCGACAAACGUGCACGUACAUUUCGUGUCGCCAUCCUCGAGGCGUGCCUCGGCAUUGCGGGCAUGCUGGCCAGCAUCGGUGGCGGCCAGUGGCGCAAGGCUCAGGGGUACAUCAACCCCUUUUGGCUCGUGCUUGCUGCUAGUCUUGCUGCCGCUCUCUACGCUGCUUUCUGUCUUCAGGACUCGGUGAAGCAGCAGAAACCAGCCAAGCUGUUCACGCUCAGUCAUUACAAGGCUGUCUACAGGCUGUACACGGCCCCAGAACACUUGAGCUCCAGGCGGAAGCUUGCCCUUUACUCCCUGGCUUUCUUUCUUCUUGUCACAGUACAUUUUGGAACCAAGGACCUCUUUGUUUUGUACGAGCUUGGCUCCCCUCUCUGCUGGGCUGCUGACCUCAUUGGGUACGGCUCAGCCGCCAGUUACCUGGCUUACCUGAGCAGCCUGGGAGGGCUGCGGCUGCUGCAGCUCUGCCUUGAAGACACUUGGGUGGCAGAGAUAGGACUGACCUCCAAUAUUUCUGGACUGGUUGUGAUUUCUCUUGCUACUACAACACCACUGAUGUUUACAGGUUAUGGAAUUCUGUUCCUUUCCAUGGCAGCCACUCCAGUCAUCAGAGCCAAGCUCUCCAAGCUGGUCAGUGAGGCGGAACAGGGUGCACUCUUUGCGUCUGUUGCCUGUGUGGAGGGGCUGUGUUCACUUGUGGCUACGGGAGUGUUCAACUCUCUCUACCCUGCCAGCUUGCACUUCAUGAGGGGAUUCCCAUUUCUCUUUGGCGCUUUAAUUCUUCUUAUUCCAGCAGCUAUUAUUGGGUGGAUAGAAAUCUGGGACUCAAACCAUGACUACAGUCACUUCUCAGAUGCUUCCCUGUCCCCUGCAGAUGGCUGAGCAGCAACUUAGCAACAAGGAGUUGGCCACUGUCCAUCUGAAGACUGCUUUUUAUUCUUCCCUUGAAGGACAGAUUAGUGUGGGAGGGACACCCUGCUUGUCCUUGCUAGUUUUUAAAUGCCAAAUAGUUGGAAAUCAGGGCUCUGACUACCAGUAAGAACUUGAUUUGCAGAUGUGAAUGCUGCCUCACCGUUGUGUUGGCUCAUCUGUCAGAGAAAACCCAAGAGACCCAAAAGCCAAUCAAGAGUAAAGUUAGUGGUUUGAGGUUUGGUGGGGAGGGAAAGUUCUGUGGCAUGCUUUUAGCGGUGAGAGAGGACUGAAUUCUGGUUUAAUUGCCAAAAGCGUUCCCUUCUGAGUGCUACAGUGUGCAGCAGAUGAGCUGGUGGUGUGCGUGAGGCCCAGACCAAAGCCUGCAGAGCAAGACUAAAGCAGAGGUAGUCCAACCAUGUGCUGCUGAGGAGAAAGAUCUGUGCUCCAAGUCAGCAUGUUAUCAAUAAAAGUCAUACGAAUGUUGCGUGCCAGGCUAGGCUCCUUCAGAAAUCCUUACGAUGAGCGGUAGUUUAGCGCAGGAGUGCUAUUUCUGUCCUUCCUGACUAAACUGGCUUUAGCUUCUCAAGCGAGAGGUAUCCUGGGGAGAGAAUCUAAUGCAUUAAGUGCUUGUGGCGAGGAGUGCCAGUGGCGUCUCCUGCCUGCAGCUCAGCCCAGGGUUUCAAAGGUCCUUUUGAGAAGUAAUAGCUCAUGUGAGAAUACUAAGGUGCAAGUAGGUGCCUUAAUUGACAGUUGCCAAAACUGAUGAAAGUUAAGGCUAAAAUUGACAAAAUUGGGCCUCCCUAACUGAAGAUCCUUACCUUAUAAAUUUGAGGCACCAGCUGUGAUAAGUGUGCCCCAGCAUCAUGUGAAAUCACUGCUCUGCUCAUGGCAGAGCCAGAACCAGUCCUUCCUCAUCCACACACAGCGCUCUUGGGAUGGGGUGGUGUGGGAACAGGACUAGUGUCUUCAGAGGUAAAUUUUUUGUUGUAUGGGUCAUAAAUUUGUGUCAGUGACCUCACGUCUGCUGCCCUUCUCAGAAUAUGUUGGUGCCAACAAGCAAACCCCAUGUUCAUGGUAUUCAUAAUUGUUCUUUUCAAAGCAUUAACUGUAUUGCCUCAAUCCUAUUUUCUUUAAACUGCCAUAAACCAGCAGUUCAGUGUACGCGGCAUUGCGCACAGUUCAGAUGCAUGCGAUAAUGUCCUUAACUGUGAAAUUGCUUAGCAGACGUUACUUUCAGAAUGAAUAAAACCUCCAUUCUCUUUUAUGGUUCAUAAAAAGAUAGCUUUUCUCA